AUGUCCGCUCGACCUGUGUCGCAACUCCUCCGCUCGCGCUGCCUGCUGCGCAGCCCGCAAACUCUCCAAAGAUUCUCGACCCAAGGCGCUCUUCGCGGUGGAGACCACGGCAGCCACUACGACCCCCCGACUGGCUGGCUGUUCGGUGUCAGACCCGGCCAGAAGUACGAGAAGGAAGGCUGGGAGGGUAUCUGGUACUACGGAUUCAUUGGUAGCUUCCUCGUUGCCGGAAUUGCAUAUGUUUUCAAGCCCGACACCUCCAUACAAACCUGGGCUCUUGAGGAGGCCCGCCGGCGGCUGGAGGCUGAGGGUAUCCUAGAGGACCCCGAGAAGGCCAAGAACUAA